AUGAUGGGCGAAAGCUCAGCCAGUUUUCACCCGAAACGAGGAAGUAAGUCUUGUGAACUGAGUCAACAUGAACAUCGAAUUAAAGCCAAACGGCUCCAGUACAACGCGAUUCAUCCGUCUUCUUCUGGUGAGAUCGACCUACGAAUCUCUUCUCAGGAGAUUCAUCGAAACCCAGCUUCCCGUCGUAUCUUCAAAAUAAUGCAAACUCUGGCUGAUUUGGAUGCCUACAGAAGUAGAACUAAGGACCCUACAGAAACACCAAAGUUAAGGCCUAGCAAUCUCUUGCAAAAGUGCUCUAGUGACGAGUAA